CAUUCUUUUGUCGCAUAGAUUUCUGUUGUUUGGAUAAUUUGCGGAAAAAUCGAAAAAAUUUUAGAUUUGAAGAAAAUUUGCAAAUUUAAAAUUAGAAAUGGCUGAUGUGCUUGAUAUUGAUAACGCUGAAGAGUUUGAAGUGGAUGAGGAUGGGGACCAGGGCAUCGUUCGUCUAAAAGAGAAAGUUAAACAUCGCAAAGGUCGUGGGUUUGGCAGUGAAAGCAAUUCCCGUGAGCCCAUACAGAGCUAUGAGCGUGUCCGUCACGAGGACGAGGAUGAGCUAGAGCCGGGACCACAACGCUCGGUUGAAGGUUGGAUUUUGUUUGUAACUUCAAUACAUGAAGAAGCCCAAGAAGAUGAUAUACAGGAAAAAUUUUGUGAAUUUGGUGACAUAAAGAACAUUCAUUUGAACUUGGAUCGCCGCACAGGUUUCUCCAAAGGUUAUGCACUCGUCGAAUAUGAAACACAUAAGCAAGCAUUAGCAGCAAAAGAAGCACUGCAUGGUACGGAAAUUAUGGGGCAAGUUAUACAAGUAGAUUGGUGUUUUGUUAAAGGGCCAAAGCGAAUGAAGAAAUCAGAGAAGCGAAGGAGAUAAUUUACUACAGAGAUAAUGUAUACAUUUACCACUGUCUCAUAAAAAAAAAAAAAAAA